AUGUCCGCCCUCGACAACCUGUUCUCGUUGUCCGGCCGCACAGCCGUGAUUACAGGUGGCACACGAGGCAUCGGCGCAGCCAUGGCCAUCGCCCUAGCCGAAGCCGGCGCCGAUAUCAUCCUCAUCCAGCGCGACGACUCAAACAAAAAGACGCACGACCAGAUCCUCUCCCUCGGUCGAAAAUGCACAAUCGCAACCGCAGACCUAGCAGACCAAGCCUCAGUCGCGAAGAUAAUACCCGACCUCGCCGCGGCAGGCCACAGCAUGGAUAUCCUGCUUACAUGUGCGGGAAUCCAGAAACGACAUCCGGCACACCAAUUCCCAGAUGAUGACUGGAACACCGUGCUGCAGGUGAACUUGACAACAGUCUUCACAAUGUGCAGAGACUUUGGCGCCUACCUCCUCUCGAGACCAGAACCACCAGCCGGAAAAUCAAGAGGCAGCAUAAUCAACGUGGCUUCCCUACUCACUUAUCAAGGCGGAAUCACCGUCCCUGCCUACGCGGCUUCAAAAGGUGGAAUCGGCCAGCUCACGAAAGCGCUCAGCAACGAGUGGGCGAGUAAGGGGAUUAAUGUGAAUGCUAUUGCACCAGGGUAUAUAGACACAGACAUGAAUACGGCGCUGAUGCAGGAUACAGAGAGGCAGAAGAGUAUCCUGACUAGGAUACCUGCUGGACGAUGGGGUCAGCCUGAGGAUUUCAAGGGCGUGGUUGUGUUUUUGGCGAGUGAUGCUAGUCGAUAUGUGAGUGGGACGAUUGUUGAUAUUGAUGGUGGUUGGAUGGGGAGGUGA